CCGCCUCCAGCGCCCUUCUAUGACGUAACAAUGCCACGCGUCUAAAGCCUUGUUAGAGGGGGAAGAAUAUAGGGAGGUGGUCCUGGGAUUUGGGGGGCAACCACUUUCAGGAGUCAUGCAUUUUUCCUGUAAAUGCGUCCUUUUCUUGCAGGCUUUAAGCCUCUUUUCUUCCUUUAUGCAGGGACAAAAACUAGAGGAAGGUGUGGAUGAAGUGAAAAUAGAAGUUUUACAUCUUCCAGAAAACUGUUCUUCCAAAAGCAAGAAGGGGGACCUGCUCAAUGCCCACUAUGAUGGCUACUUGGCAAACGGCACCAAAUUCUACUGCAGCCGGACACAAAAUAAAGGUCACCCAAAAUGGUUUGUUCUUGGUGUUGGGCAAGUAAUAAAAGGCCUAGAUAUUGCUAUGAUGGGUAUGUGUUCCGGAGAAAAAAGAAAAGUGACAAUACCUCCUUCACUGGCCUAUGGAAAGGAAGGCUCUGCACAAGGUUUGAUUCCACCAGAUGCAACACUGAUUUUUGAGAUUGAACUUUAUGCUGUAACCAAAGGACCCCGAAGCAUUGAAACAUUUAAGCAGAUAGAUGUGGACAAUGACAAGAAACUUUCUAAAACUGAGAUCAAUCAUUACUUGAAAAAGGAAUUUGAGAAAGAUGAUAAACCACGUGACCAGUCAUAUCAUAAUUCCGUGUUAGAAGAUAUUUUUAAGAAAAAUGACCAUGAUGGAGAUGGCUUCAUUUCUUCGAAGGAAUAUAACGUAUAUCAACAUGAUGAACUAUAGGAUAUUCUUUAUAAAUUUAUUUGACUAUCUUUUGUAUUAUCUACAAAAUUAUUUUUUCCUAUAAGGACACAUUUUGAUACCUUGAAAAAAAAUUAAUUUCUGAACCUUAUGUAAAUUUUAAAUAAAUUAUGAUGUAUCCAAAAAAUGUAGUUGGAAAAGGUAAGAAUUCUAUACUUCGUGCCUUAUUCAGAAAUGCCUGAAACAAAGAUUGCAGUAUUUUGAUGAAAUGUUUCCAAAAAAUUUCCUAAAUUUUAAUUCAUCUUUUCUCCUAAACUUACCCUCCUUUCCAGCUUCCUUCUGUCAAUGACAACAUCAUUCUUUUAGACAUCCAGCAUCAAAACCUUGGGUUGAUAUUUGACUUUUUCUUCAAUCCCUAUAUUCAAUCAUUAGUCAAAGGUAUCAUUUUUAUCUCCACCAUAUUUUUCAUCUGUUCCCUCCUCUCCACUUUGGCUUGAAUUAUCUCUUGUCUGAACUAUUGUAAUAGCUCCCCAACUGACCUCCCUAACUGAACUAUGAGGACCCAAACUGUCCAUCUGGUUUCAUUCUCCUCCAGUUAAUCCUUCACACAGUUAGAAAAGUAAUUCUUUAAACAGGCAACUCUGAUUUCAUCAGUCCUCUACUUAAAGACUUUAGUGACUCCCCUUUACCUACAGAAAUAUAAACUUAUAUUUAAGGCCUCAACCUCCUUAUGUAGCAUAUAUACUCAAAGGAAAUCAAAAGACAAACAAAAAAUGUAGUGUGUACCAAAAUAUUCACUGCAUCAUUUUAUGGUAAUAUAAAAUUGGAAAGUGGUUGCCCAUAGAUUAGACAAUGGCUAAAAAUACUGUGGUAUAUGAAUAUAAUGGAAUACUACUACAUAUAAAUAUUAAGUAUGCUAUUCUUUCAUAAUUAACCUGAAGAAUUUAAAGAAAUAUGGGAAUAAAAUUGAUGUUUAAGUAAAUGGAAUCAAAAGAAUUAUGUAUACAAUGAUUGUAAAUAAAAGGAUCACUAAGAGGAAACUGGACUCAGAGAAAGUACAGGAAGACAGAUAAUGAAACUUACCUUCUCCAGCAUGGUAGAAAGUUGGGGGACUAAGGACAAACAUGUCUGAUUCAUUACUUUAGAUCAUAACUGUUGGCCUUUGUCACCAGGAACUUCAUUCCCUCAUUGGGGAAAACUGAACUGACUGAUGUAAAGACAAAAGACAUCAACAAACCAUUUUUAAAGGAAGUCAUCAUUUAAAUUGUUAACAAAAAAAAUCUAAAAAAAUGUAAAUUUGUCAGAAAAUAAAAUUUUUGUGCUAAGUUCAUUUUAAGACA